AUGUGGAAGAUGUUUACGCUCAACGGCACUUACAAGUGGGUCGACGCGCUACCGAGUCUCGUGUUAGAUUACAACGCGCGUAAGCAUCGCACUAUCGGCAUGCGACCCGUUGACGUAACUCCCGCGAUCGCCAAAAGACUCUUGGAUACAGUAUACAGCGCGAUAAAGAUCGCAGGAUCAGCAAAAUUCAAAGUAGGCGAAUUGAUACGCGUGUUUAAGAUCGUUAAAGUGCAGCGUACUAAUCCCGUAACUUAUCUGCUCGAGGACUCUCGCGGAAAAUCGGUCGCGGACGCGUUCUACGAGCACGAAUUGCAUCACGCGACUCAUCCGGACGUGUAUCUUGUGGAGAAAGUACUACGCAGGAAGGGAGACAAGGUUUAUGUCAAGUGGCUGGGAUUCGAUAGAUCGCAUAACUCAUGGAUAAACAAAAGCAGUGUGAUUUAA